GAUUGUAGAUCCUUCUAGUACCUGUUUCAUUGAAUCCCCGAAGUCAGUGUUCGCUGGAUUUAUAUACUCUUUGAUACGGCUGGAGUGUUGUAUAUGUUUAUCUCACACGAAAGAACAAAAUUGUUGAUCAAAACAACACAUUGAUUGUUUCGUUCGGUUCUGUUUUGUUCGGUUGUCUCAAGUCGUCUUAUCGCUUCUUUAAAUUAUUGUUGUGUCGGAGCCGAGGAAUCCUUAUCUUCAGCACUCAUUUUUCGCAUCAACGGCGUUGAGCAAUCGUUAUUGGGACGUGCAGUUUUCCAUUAUUAUUUUCGACCAUGGCCAGCGAUUCGUUCGAGGUAGCCAUCGUAGGAGGUGGUAUAAUAGGUGUGAUCACCGCUCUCGGACUACAGCGCCGAGGCAUCAAAACGACUAUCUACGAGCGAGCCCCCACGUGGCACGAGGUCAGCGCAGGGUUCGCGUUUACUCGGGCAGCCCGGGAGUGCAUGGAGCGGAUAGAGCCCAGACUGGUAGAGGUCCUGGGCAGCAUCAGCCAAAAGACGGACGCCAACACCUGCAACAGCUACUGGGAUGGGUACCACCCGCGGACACUGGAGGAAGCCGAAGAUGAGACCAAGUCGCUACUCUUUCGUACCCCAACCCAUAACAUGGACUAUUGGGGCUGCGUACGUUCCCAAUUCCUGCAUGGCAUGGCUGCCCUACUGCCUGAAGGAUCGGUCCAAUUCAAGAAGCAGCUCGCGAGCUAUGAGGAUGACGACAAAAAUGGCAAGGUCGUCCUAAAUUUCGACGAUGGCAGCACAGAAAAGGCUGAUGUGUUGGUGGGAUGCGAUGGCAUCCAUUCCGCUACCCGCAGAGCUAUGUUCGGUGCCGAUCACCCAGCUAGCGAGCCUGUUUACGCACACCAAGUCGCCUACCGAACCAUGGUCCCCAUAGAUGUUGGCGUUGAAGCCCUUGGUAGUAAAACGGCUGUGAGCGCCUGUAUUCAGACUGGACCGGACGCGGCCAUACUGUCGUAUCCCGUCAUGAGCGGAACUGUGCUCAACAUUGCUGUUUUUGCCCAUGAUUUCGAGCCAGAUAGUUUCCCCGACCCCACCAGAAUGGUUGCCCCUGCGAAACGCGAGGAACUCCAACGUCUCCUCGAGGGAUUUUCUCCACACCUCGCCAACAUCUGGAAGGUAUAUCCCGAAGAUAGUCUCGUGAAGUGGGGACUAUUCGAUACAGCCAGCAACCCACCCCCAACAUACGCUCAGGGACGCGUGUGUAUCAUGGGCGACGCCGCACAUGGUAGCACUCCGUUCCUAGGUGCGGGUGCCUGCACUGGAGUCGAAGAUGCCCCCGUGCUCUGCACGAUGCUGGAAUUUGUACAGCAGAAUAAAAGAACGCCACAAAGCGCAAGUGGAGACAAUUUAUUGAGAGAGUCACUCCAGGCGUACAGUCGGGCGAGAAUGGAGCGUGGUCAAUGGGUCGCCCGGAACUCACGGGAGAUAGGUGACUGUUACAUGUGGCGAUUUGGUCCAACAGGGCGCGACACCAAGAAAUUUAACGAAAAGCUUAGCAAAGCGUAUCAUUACAUCACAAACUACGACGUCUUGGGCGCAGUGGAAAUUCCGGCUUGCUGAUUUGAGAAGAUGGGGUAUGG